AUGGAAGAUGACUUAGAAAAAUUCAUCCCAUUCUCAGAAAGCGAUGAAUUUGAUAAAGAUCAAAAACUUAAAAGUUAUUUAUAUCCAUAUUCUGAUAAAGGAUAUUCAUUACUUGAAUUAUGUUGUUAUCAUGGAGCAGUUUAUUGUUUCAAAUUAUUAAGAACAAAAUUUAACUCAGAAAUAACUCAAAAAUGUCUAAAAUUCUCAUUUUUGUGA